AUGAACAACUUCCAACCACGCUGCACCCUCCCCGACUCAACCCCGGUAUUCGUCAAAGGCCCCGAUGUCCGCUCAACUCUCGACAUCGUCUGGAGCUCCGUCGCCAUCAUCCUGCUUUGCACGUGGUCCAUUCUGCACCUCAAUGUUCCACCCCAGGUCCGCCCGCUGCCCCCGCCGAAAAGCACCUGGGAGACCUGUCGACGCGCGUUCUGGGAGGCAUGGUACCCCUUCAGCCGCAAGGUGAAGUGGAUGCUGCUCACGCUCAUCGUGCCGGAGAACAUCUUUGGCGUGGCGUUGGCGGAGUUUUGGACAUCAUGGCAGUGCACGAAGCAAAUCCAGGCGUUUCAGGAACACGAGGAGAAGCUGGCGGACGAAAUCGAGUGGACGCGGACGCACACGCUGUAUGCGAACAUGGGUGGGUUCGUGCUGAAGUUUCCGCCGAAGUUGGUGGAGUCCGCGAUCCGGGACCCGAGAGAGUGGACGGGCGACCAUUUCCUGUGGCAGAUGAUCCACGAGGGCCGGGCUGGGCACAGCCACCUAGGCCCCUUCGAUUGGGACGCCCACCUCACACACUACGAGCUCGCGAGGACGUGGAUUGAGUACAAUGACCCCGAUGGUGCGCGUCCAGAAUAUGUACCGCCCCUGCCUCCCUUGUCGGAGGAAUCUCAGCGACAGCAGGCGCAGGUGAAACGAGGGCAUGGAAUUUCAGGAGGACCGGCCAUCCGCCGACACGCCGCCCGCGCAUUUCAGGGCGACGCCUGGACGCUAACCGCCGCCCAGAUGCUCGUCGCACGCCGGGUCGGUAUAAUCGACCGGUUUCCAGACGUCACGGCGGCCGACAUCGACGACAAGAACAAGGGCGACUCCGUGGCCAAGAUCCUCGCUCUCGGCCAGGUCGUCUGGCUCGUGGUCCAGCUCAUCGCGCGAGCCAAAGUCAGUGCCGAUGCCGCCGCGAACCCGCCCGACAGCAACGACCCCCGCCCGCACGACCGCGCCGUCUCCCCGCUGGAAAUCACCGCUCUCGCCUACGCCGUCUGUUCCUUUUUCACCUACCUUUUACUCUGGGGCCGGCCGCAAGACGUGCGGCGGCCGACAGUCUUCCACGCGGUGCGUAGUCCAACAUAUGAGGAAUUCGAGGCGCUUCUCAGGGUCGCGCCGCGGAUCCACGGGAUGAUCAAUGAAGAGCACCAGUUCCGGAGUUACGCGCUGCCAACGUCGACGGUGUCGUCGUACGAGGGGCAACGGGGUCGGCCAGGGGGGAAGACAGCUACCUGGUGGUCGGACGGAGAUCUGGUGAUGCCUGGGUUGAUGGGCGGGUUAACGGUGUUUGGGGGGUUGCAUUUGAUAGCGUGGGAGUUUGCGUUUCAGGGCGAGAAGACCCAGACGUUGUGGCGGGUGUUGUCGUUGGCGAUUACGGCGUUUCCUCCGGUGGUGUUAGUGGCAUACAAGUCGUUGAACUGGCUGACGUUCAAGCUGGAGUCGACCAAGAGUGGCCUCGGCGAGGCGUGCAUGGGGGUGACGGCGAUGUUGUUGUGGUUGGUGAUUGGGAUCUUUGUGUGUUUCUUCCCGCUUAUCCGGCUCGGGUUGCUGGUCGAGGCCUUUUGGUCGACGUAUUAUCUCCCGCCCUCGGCUUACCUCUCGACGUGGGCCAACGAGAUGCCGUAUGUGGGGUAG